AUGGAGAGAGUCGUGGUUGUGGGAGCAGGUCUUUAUGGCUUGAUAGCCGCUGAGACAUACCUCCAGGUCUCCGGAAUGAACGGUGAGAAACGAUAUGAAAGCAUUGACUACGAUUCGGACAUGAAUAUUCCACCAUGCUUUUUCAGCGCCGACUACACCGUGAAUGCCCCGGGAUGCCACAUGCUUAUCAUUGAGGCUGGAUCAAGCAUUGGAGGGACAUGUCAAAACUCAUAUGGUCUUUACGAGUUCAGUGAUAUGUCGCUGGCUCAGGCUUUCCCGGACGAGGAUAAGACAAGGGACUCAUCCUUCAUUCCAGGAUGGAAAAUCAGUGCCUACCUAUCUAAAUGGGCAGGAAAACAGGGGCUAGAUUAUCGGAUCAAGCUGGAUCUCAAGGUUGUCAGCAUCCGCCGUCUUCAAAGCAAGGAAUGGUCCCUCCGUGUUGAUGUCAUAGAAAUCGACUGCGAAAGCAGAUACGUCACAAUUAUCUGCGACAAAUUGAUCCUGGCAACAGGGUUGACAUCGAUUCCAAGUCUCCCGAACGUUGAAACUUCUCAACUUUCCGAAUCGACUACAGCCUCGGUCAUUCAUGCCAAAGAAAUCGGAGAGUGGUCUUCAAAUAACCUGGGAUAUGAUCCAUUUUCAAAUCCAUUUCCACAUCCAAUCAAUGAAAGCUCGAACCAACCAGCCUCGCGGCUUCCAAAAUCUGUGGUCGUUUAUGGUGGAGCAAACCUUGCACUUAAAUUCACCCCCAAGGACCCUGUGAAUGUGCAUUGGAUAAUUAGGGAUACUGAGGUUGGACCAGCGUGGAUGGUUCCGCCGACAUCAACUCUACCUAAUGGACAGGUCGUCGCCAGUGACAAGACAGCCAGUACCAGGUUUUUCCACCACUUGAGUCCGUGCUCCUAUGAGCAGCCCAAGUCUUUUUCGGCACGUUCAUGGUACUCAUCCACAGAAGGGUCGUGGCUAGCUGGGAUCUUUCAUGGAACCCGUUUUGGAAGGCGCUUUGUUCGUUGGUUCUGGAAUUCAGUCGAUCGGAGCCUCGAAAAUAUCGCGAAAUAUGACACAGAUCUCAAAAUGAAGAAGCUUCGACCAAGCAAAAGUGUCAUCUCAUGUGGUGCAAGUAUCGGCAUUGCUAAUCAACCGGACCUGUGGGAGGUAAUCAAAUCACCUAAUGUCACGAUCUACCGAUCAGCAAUCCAGGCCAUUGCGGAUACACAAAAUCAAUCAGAAUCUACCGAUGAAACAGGCCACUCAGUCUUGAUGUCGAACGGAGAGAAGUUAGAAAAUAUCGAUCUUAUCGUGUAUCCCACCGGGUACAAGCCUAUUGUUCCAAUACAGUUCCAACCGGCAAGCCUUCGGCUAAGUCUUGGACUUUCAAGUUUUAUUGUUGAGGAUUCGCCUGAAGCAGACGGAGAGAAACCUCAAAGCCCGGCCCAUGUUCUCUGUGAGCCAGCAGGAAAGACUCACAUCAAGCGGAUGUGUUCCAAUAGAGAAGGAAAGCCGGAGGCCGGAGAAAGUGGUGAAUACAUUCCAUAUCGUCUAUUCCCAAGGAUGGUAGCCCCAGAACUGGUUGCCAGUGGAGAUAGAUCAUUCGCCACCGUGGGAGUGAUACUUUCUUCUACGAUCUCAGUCGUUGCCGAGUUGCAAGCAUUAUGGGUGGCAGCAUUCCUCACCGGAGGAUUCGAUAUUGAGACAGAUCAACUAACAGUGCCAUCGCCGCCAGGAUCCCUCCAUUUGAAAGAAUUGUCGAAGUCAUCCAUGGACGCGUCAAUUUCUGAGGAUGUCGUUCUUGGAUCACUUACUGGUACUGGAUUAGAGGUGGAUGCCAUUCAUUACAAUGACAUGCUCUUACGCGACCUAGGCUUGAAUCCGCACCGUUUAGCAGGCUGGAGAUGGAGAGAGAUGACAGGUGUUUACGAGCCACGUGCGUAUGCUGGAAUAGUGGAAGAGUGGCUUAUUCGUCGUGAAUUUCUGGAGUCGUCAUCUAUGGCAUGA